CUCGCCCCAGAAUGCAGCGCAUGGCGCGUCAUUGAAGAGAGACCAUGAUGGCGGCGGCGGCCGCGGCGGCGGGGGGCGCCCCCGAGGUGAUCGCCCAGCUGGAGAACGCGGCCAAAGUGCUCAUGGCACCACCUUCCAUGGUCAACAAUGAACAACGCCAACAUGCUGAGCACAUAUUCUUAUCAUUUAGAAAAUCAAAAUCACCAUUUGCUGUUUGCAAACAUAUUUUGGAAACUAGUAAAGUGGACUAUGUCCUUUUUCAAGCUGCUACAGCGAUAAUGGAAGCAGUUGUAAGAGAAUGGAUUCUCUUGGAAAAAGCUAGCAUUGAGUCACUGCGAACAUUCCUUCUAACCUAUGUCUUACAGAGGCCUAACCUUCAAAAGUAUGUUCGGGAGCAGAUUUUAUUAGCAGUAGCGGUGAUAGUGAAACGGGGAUCAUUAGACAAAUCAAUCGACUGCAAGAGCAUUUUUCAUGAAGUCAGCCAGCUGAUCAGCAGUGGUAACCCCACUGUGCAAACUUUGGCCUGUUCCAUUCUAACGGCGUUGUUGAGCGAGUUCUCAAGUUCAAGUAAAACCAGCAACAUUGGACUAAGCAUGGAGUUCCAUGGUAACUGUAAACGUAUAUUUCAGGAGGAUGACCUGCGGCAGAUCUUCAUGCUCACAGUAGAGGUACUUCAGGAAUUCAGCAGACGUGAAAACCUCAAUGCUCAGAUGUCUUCAGUGUUUCAGCGUUAUCUUGCACUAGCCAAUCAGGUCUUAAGCUGGAACUUCCUUCCUCCAAAUUUGGGCAGACAUUAUAUAGCUAUGUUUGAAUCCUCACAAAAUGUGAUGCUAAAGCCAACAGAAUCCUGGCGCGAGACCCUCCUGGACAGCAGAGUUAUGGAGCUUUUCUUUACAGUACAUCGAAAAAUCAGAGAAGAUACAGAUAUGGCCCAAGAUUCAUUACAGUGCCUGGCACAGCUGGCAUCUUUGCACGGGCCGGUCUUUCCUGAUGAAGGUUCACAAGUUGAUUACCUGGCACACUUCAUUGAGGGAUUACUAAAUACUAUCAAUGGAAUCGAAAUAGAAGACUCUGAAGCAGUGGGAAUUUCCAGUAUUAUCAGCAAUCUGAUAACUGUAUUUCCUCGCAAUAUUUUAACGGCCAUUCCAAAUGAACUUUUCUCUUCAUUUGUUAACUGCCUCGCACACCUCACCUGUUCUUUUGGAAGAAGUGCUGCCUUGGAAGAAGUGCUUGACAAAGAUGACAUGGUAUAUAUGGAGGCAUAUGAUAAAUUACUGGAAUCUUGGCUUACUUUGGUCCAAGAUGACAAACAUUUCCAUAAAGGUUUCUUUACCCAACAUGCUGUUCAAGUCUUUAAUUCCUACAUUCAGUGCCAUCUAGCUGCUCCUGAUGGCACAAGGAAUUUGACUGCCAAUGGUGUGGCCUCUCGGGAAGAAGAAGAAAUAAGUGAGCUGCAGGAAGAUGACAGAGACCAGUUCUGUGACCAGUUGGCCAGCGUAGGCAUGCUGGGGAGGAUUGCUGCAGAGCACUGCAUACCUCUUCUCACAAGUUUGUUAGAAGACCGAGUGACAAGGCUCCAUGGGCAGUUGCAAAGACAUCAGCAGCAGUUACUUGCCUCACCAGCAUCAGGUUCAAUUGACAAUAAAGUGCUUGACGACCUGUAUGAGGAUAUUCAUUGGCUUAUUUUAGUCACAGGCUACCUCUUGGCUAAUGAUACUCAGGGAGAGACUCCGCUAAUACCUCCAGAAGUAAUGGAAUAUUCCAUUAAACAUUCAGCUGAGGUUGACAUCAAUACAACACUUCAGAUUCUGGGAUCUCCGGGAGAAAAGGCCUCUUCCAUCCCAGGGUACAACAGAACUGAUUCUGUAAUUAGGUUGUUAUCUGCUAUUUUAAGAGUGUCAGAAGUAGAAUCUAGAGCAAUAAGGGCAAAUCUUACACACCUCCUGAGCCCCCAAAUGGGCAAAGAUAUUGUAUGGUUCCUCAAGCGCUGGGCAAAGACUUACCUCCUAGUAGACGAAAAGUUGUAUGAUCAGAUAAGUCUGCCAUUUAGUACAGCAUUUGGUGCUGAUACAGAGGGUUCCCAGUGGAUUGUGGGUUACCUUUUAGAAAAAGUGAUCAGUAACCUGGCAGUGUGGAGUUCAGAGCAGGACCUUGCAAAUGAUACUGUACAACUGCUAGUAACAUUAGUGGAAAGGAGAGAGCGGGCAAACUUAGUUAUCCAGUGUGAAAACUGGUGGAAUUUAGCUAAACAGUUUGCAAGGCGAAGCCCUCCUCUUCACUAUUUGUCUAGUUCUGUUCAGAGAACACUAAUGAAAGCUUUAGUUCUAGGAGGUUUUGCUCAUAUGGAUACAGAAACAAAGCAACAAUACUGGACAGAGGUUCUUCAGCCACUUCAGCAGCGAUUUUUGAAUGUGAUAAACCAAGAAAACUUUCAGCAGAUCUGCCAGGAGGAGGAAGUGAAGCAGGAAAUCACCGCUACAUUAGAAGCACUCUGUGGCAUUGCUGAGGCUACCCAGAUUGAUAACGUAUCAAUUCUCUUCAAUUUCCUAAUGGACUUCCUUAAUAAUUGCAUUGGAUUAAUGGAAGUAUACAAAAACACACCAGAGACUGUUAAUCUCAUAAUAGAAGUCUUUGUUGAAGUUGCACAUAAACAAAUUUGCUAUCUUGGAGAGGCCAAAGCCAUGAACCUGUAUGAGGCCUGCCUAACCCUGCUUCAGGUAUAUUCCAAGAAUAAUCUAGGUCGACAACGGAUAGAUGUUACAGCAGAAGAAGACCAGUACCAGGAUCUCCUUCUUAUUAUGGAGCUUCUUACUAAUCUUCUAUCAAAAGAAUUUAUAGAUUUCAGUGAUACAGAUGAAGUAUUUAGAGGACAUGAGCCUGGGCAAGUUACAAAUAGAUCUGUAUCAGCAGCAGAUGUUGUCUUAUAUGGGGUUAAUCUAGUUCUGCCUCUAAUGUCACAAGAUCUGCUGAAGUUUCCAUCCCUGUGUAAUCAAUAUUACAAAUUAAUAACUUUCAUAUGUGAGAUAUUCCCUGAGAAAAUUCCACAACUUCCAGAGGACCUCUUUAAAAGCCUAAUGUACUCACUGGAGUUAGGGAUGUCAUCAAUGAGUUCAGAGGUUUGCCAGCUCUGUCUGGAGGCUGUAACACCGUUAGCAGAGCAGUGUGCAAAAGCACAAGAAACAGAUUCAACGCUUUUUCUAGCAACAAGGCACUUUCUUAAGAUGGUUUUUGAUAUGCUGGUACUUCAGAAGCACAAUACAGAAAUGACAACUGCAGCAGGUGAAGCAUUCUACACGUUAGUGUGUUUGCAUCAGGUAUGGCAUUCAGACACAGCCUUCAACAAGCUUACUGCAAGCAGCACUCCUCCUACACUGGACCGUAAGCAGAAGAUGGCCUUCUUAAAGAGUUUAGAAGAAUUUAUGGCAAAUGUUGGUGGACUUCUCUGUGUAAAAUAAACAACAAAACUCUAUGCCUAAUUUAGACCCUUUCUGCAAAAAUGCACUGAGAAAUGCUGAAUGCUGACUAAAUCUUGUACCUGUCUCUGGGUUCUUUGCAGCCGUCUCAGAUUCUAGACAGCCUGGAAGUUUGAACAUAACACCACGGAAUAGGAGAGGUCACCUUUGAAUCAGCUUCUGCUAUUAUGUGUUAGCUGCAAUCUGGCAUACUUGGGUGUGGAAGAGAAUGAACAAAAAAUCUGAAUUGAAUUUUUUUUCCAUUCAUGUGCAAAGAGAUAUGGGCACAAUGAAAUAAAUGCAGUGCCUUUCCCCUGUACUGGUUUAAAAUAUGAGUGGUCAUGUAAACAGAUUUCUUUUCUACCCAAAAUCAUGUUAGAGUGUGAUGCAGAUACAUAUAAAGCUCUAAACAGUUUAGCUGAUUUUAAGCUUUAUUUUUCCUCUCUUAAAGUUUGAGUUUGUGUUCCAAUGGGGA